CAACGCUUCCACCCUGCAAUGCCAAAAAGCCAUUUGAGGCGUUUUGGUUUGGACCCAAAGAGCCAAAAGAAGAUGAAUGGUUAUGGGAGAGCCUCAGGGCCGAGAAGCAUCCCGGACGCAACCAAACUUAGAAAUGGAUUCUGGGUAGAAAGAUGACACACAAUGUUGUGGGUGUUGCUGGGCUUUCAUGAUGUCGCAAAAGAGGCAGCAAGAGGACGUGAAGGCCCCGCCAGAAGGGAGUUCUUCCGAGGAUAAGCGUAGGAGGCUUCCUACUUUGAAGAAUGUGGCUUUGGACGUUAUGAGGAUGCAAUCAGUCCAUUUGCUGGAGCCGAUUCUAGAGCCUUUGAUUCGUAGAGUGGUCAGAGAGGAAGUUGAAUUGGCCCUAAGAAAGCACUUGAACUGCAUGAAACAGAAUUGUGGGGAUGAUGUUCAUGUCUCAGAGUCAAGAAGCCUACAGCUAAAGUUCGUCAACAACCUCUCUCUUCCAGUGUUUACUGGAGCUCGAAUCGAAGGAUAUGAUUGUUCGAACAUACAAGUGGCUUUAGUUGAUAUUCUUACUGGGCAAACUGUAAAAUCUGGGUCAGAAUCCUCUGCUAAGGUGGAAAUUGUAGUUCUUGAGGGUGACUUUGAUGGUGAUGAGAAUGAGAAUUGGACAGGUGAAGAGUUUAAGAACAACAUCGUGAGAGAAAGGGAAGGAAAAAAACCCCUACUUACAGGAGAUGCGUUUGUAAAUCUUAAAGAGGGCACUGGUUUAGUGAGUGAGAUAUCUUUUACAGAUAAUUCAAGCUGGACAAGAAGCCGGAAGUUCAGGCUAGGUGCAAGAGUUGUUGAUAACAUCAAUGGAAUAAGAGUAAGAGAAGCAAAGACAGAAUCCUUUGUUGUCAGGGAUCACCGUGGAGAAUUGUACAAGAAACAUCAUCCUCCUUCUCUGUUCGAUGAAGUAUGGAGAUUAGAGAAGAUUGGCAAAGAUGGAGCUUUCCAUAAGCGUUUGAGUCGGGAAAACAUCAACACUGUGAAGGAUUUUUUGAUCCUACUCUUCAUAGAUCCUUCAAGGCUCCGAAAUGUACUUGGCACAGGUAUGUCAGCUAAGAUGUGGGAAGUCACCGUGGAGCAUGCUCGGACGUGUGUACUUGAUAAGAGGAUGCACGUGUACCAUCCAAAUUCUCAAGAAAAAACUGGUGUGGUUUUUAAUGUUGUGGGACAAGUGAUGGGACUAUUUUCAGAAGGCCAAUAUGUUCCUGUUGAUAAGCUUUCAGAAACUGAGAAGGCUGAGGCCCACAACUUGGUGAUUUCUGCACUCAAACACCGGGGGGAAGUCAUCACUUUUGAUGAUGAAGCCUCUCUUGUGGGUGGCUCUUCAGAGUUAACCAAUGUUCUUUAUGCCGUGAGCUCACCCAGGACAGAGAGUUCCAAUGGGAGCAAGCUUUUGGCUUCUCACAAGAUUGGAGGCUUUGAUUAUACACAGCAAAGCGCCUCUUCUCCUGAUAUCAUUUCAUCCAUCUAUUCCGUUGGGGGCACAAGUGGUUUGGAUGAUUAUGCCUUGCCCAGUCUUGAUGGCAUGGGUCUGAGAUAUGACCAGGCUUUGUGUUUCCCAGGCCAAGUCACCAACUCCCUGAUUUGCAACACAGCGCCUAUGUCUCAAGCUUUCUGUGAUGAGGAUCAUCUACAAUUUUUUGAUACUGAUCUCACUGCUGUCGACAACUUCCUGUUGCCACAUUCUACACCUGUUGGUAAAGCUCAGAGGAGAUGGACAAAGCUUUUCAGUGUGCUAAAAUGGUUCUCAAUAUGGAGAAUUGUGGCUUUAAAAAGAAACCCGAUUCGGGAAAUUCCUGGAUUAUGAAAAGAAGUGACAACAAAAUGGUUUGAUUAUAUUUGUAAGUUUGGAAAAUAGUGUUGGUGAGUGCUGCCGAUUAAAUUUUGCAUGCAGUUGUAGAGAGAUAUUUGUAAGUCUCAAUAGAUGUAUAUACAGAGAUAGCUCCCAGUAUCUUCUUCAGAUGCUGAAAGAUUAGAGAAAUAUCUUUCUGUUUAAUUCAAGAAGUAAAUAUGUAGAUCUUUGUCACAGAAUUAAUAAAGUUUCUGGCAUUGUUUGCUGCUCAAAGAUGAAAGCAGUAAUGCCAGGAUGCUUAGUAUUUUCCA